AUGGGCAAAGUCGUCAAAAAAUCAUGUGGAAGUGGAGUCAAAAAUUGGUGCAAAAAGUAUAUGUUAGACGGUCAAACACUUGAAAACGAUCAAGCAGAAAAAGUCAUCAAUCCACCUGAAAAUCCAUCAACUUAUGAUAUUCUAUUUAUCAAAUAUCGCAACUUUACAGCUAUGCUAAUACCCAUGAUUUUUAUACAUAUGAUUUGGUGGUCUAUUGCAUUUCGAUAUGAUUUAUUUCAAUAUUACUCCGAGUUUUGGCAUAUGCCAGUUGUAAUGAUACUUGGCUCAACGAUUGGUGGAAUGACGUCAGAAGGAGCCGGUGCGGUGGCAUUUCCUGUUAUGACAUUGGGACUACAUAUUGAUCCAGAUAUUGCAAGAGAUUUUGCAUUGAUGAUGGGAAUGACGUCAGCACUCGUCUGCGUGCUCUUUAUGAAAGUGAAGUUCGAGCAUCGUGCAGUUAUAAUUGGAUGCCUUGGAGCAGUACCUGGAUUUAUUAUUGGUGUUCAUUAUAUUGAUCCAUUAUUCAGUGGAGCUCAAAAGAAAAUGCUCUUCGUUUCAAUUUGGACAGCAUUUGCAUUUGCAUUGGGAAUUUUGAAUGCUCAAAAGAAGAGAUCAACAUUCCGUGAAAUUCCAGAAUUCUGUGCAUGGAAAGGAUGGGUUCUGUUCUUUACUGGAAUUAUUGGAGGAAUAUUUGAUGCAUUUGCUGGAUCAGGAAUUGAUAUUUGCAUCUUUUCAGUUAUAACUCUCUUAUUCCGUGUAACUGAAAAGACUGCAACUCCAACAACUGUUGUACUCAAGGGAGUUAUUGCUGUUUUUGGAUUCUACUACAGAGCUGUUAUGAUGGGAGAUAUUGAUAUUAUGGCAUGGAGAUAUUUUUCCGUUACUGUGCCAAUUUCUGCAUGUGGAGGUCCUAUUGGAUCAUUCAUUGGAUCAAAUUUACAUCGUCAGUUGGUUGCUUCGUUUGUUUAUAUUUUAGAGACUUUUGCACUGGUUGGAUUUUUACUCACUAAUCCUGGUUUGGAUUUGAUAGUUGUCGGUGCUCUCAUCAUUAUCGGAGGUUUCGUUUUCUUUUUCUUUGUGUCAAAGGCGGGAGCUUCACUUAUGCAGACGGUAAUUGAAAAUGAGAAACAAAAACAACUGGAGAAAGCUCAAAUCUGAAUAAUAGAAUUUCAUUUAUGUAACGAAUGUUUAGUAUCUUCUCUGUCUUCUUUUUCUGCCCCUCAUGACCACCUGCUUGUUUGCUUGUUUCCAUGGUUACCUGCUUGAGAUGCAAAGCGAAAUAUAUCGACUUUUACCUCUUUAUUCUUCUUUUUUAUUUUGCUUUUGAAUAUUAUGAAGCUUCGAAAAUUAUUUUAAUUGAUAAUAAAAUUGAAUUUUA